AUGGCAGCCGCCGCCUUCUCGAUCGCCGACUUCUCGCCGCCAUCCUUCAUUAGAAUCCACGAAAAAGGGAUUAGUUUUGAACGCGGUGGAAGGAGGAAUGAAAGUCCACCACCGGGGCUUACUUUCAAUCUUCCACUGGAGAAGAUUGGAGGAAAACAUAACGGUUUCGAGGGGAAAGCAAUCCGCCCACAUCCUAGAGCAUAUCCUGGAGCCUGCUGA